AAUACCACCAUACCAGUCGGCGGCAGUAUACUUGUCUAUGCUCGGCAGUCGCCAAUCAGAAGGAGUGUAACCACUAACUAGCAACGUCGUUAACGUAUUUAGCUAGUACUCACUAUUUUUUGUGCAUACUGCAUUGCUGAGUGCUGACUGCUGGCUGGUGGCUGCUGCUGCUGUAAUUGUGCUAUACCAGUAACUACAGUCUACAGUAGUGCCCGCCGUACGGUCUAUAGUGUGUACAUAGGUACAUUAUUGUAUUAUGUCGAUGUGAAAAUUGGCUACAAUAAUCUGUGUCCCCCAGGCCUCUGAGUAUCUUACAAUUUUAUUUGUAUCGUUACCAACCCAGUUUGCAAUUAAGUUCUCACUAUAUCAUAAUUUUUAUUUAUUUUCCUAUCAAUUUUAAUCUGUUGUUGUUUUAACUCUGAAUCUACAGAAUGUUAUAGUAUUUUGACUAAGAAAAUGAAUGAAUCUGACCACCAGAAUGGAGUGCACUGUAUGCGUACUCCGAGAUCAAUUACCGAAGUGCCUUAUAUACCACAAACUCCACCAGCUGGCCUUGCUUCACUUUACAUGUUGUGUAAAAGGAUAUACCCAGAUCAGUGUAAUCCUUUACAAGCCACUACUGUAAUUAAGUUCUGGCUUGGUGGUCCAGAUCCAUUAGAUUAUAUUAGUAUGUAUAAUAAUCCAGGUGAUCGAAUGAUUGGUAUUCCACCACAUUGGCAUUAUAUUAGUUUUGGUUUAUCCGAUUUGCAUGGUGAUAAUCGUGUUCAUAAUACUACAAACGGAUCAGAUGGACCAAGUGGAUUUGGCUUUGAAUUGACAUUUCGUCUUCUUAAGGAUUCUUCAGAAACAUCUCCUCCUACUUGGCCUGCUCGUUUAAUGCAGUCACUUGCUAAAUAUGUUUUUAAAACAGGAAAUACAUUAUAUGCUGGUGAUCAUGUGUCUUGGCAUUGUGGUUUGGAUGGUAGUGAGAGCCGUUUACAACAUAUGUUGAUGGGCGAAGAUCCUCAACUACAGGUCACUGUCACACCGCAUGGAUCAGUUAGAUUUGUUCAAAUUGUUGGUGCAUGUUUAGAAGAAUUACAAACUGUUCAAAGAUGGAAUGGGCCAGGAGUAUUGCAAAUAUUGAAAAGACAUUCAGUUACUGGAGGUUCAUGGCUAAUAACGAACAUGCGUAGAGGUGAAAGUAUGUUUGAUGUGGAUCCUUCCGUUCAUGAUGAAAUUACUGAAGGUAUCAAAACUGAAGGUUCAAAUUUAUGUGGUAUAAGUGCUCAUUGUUCAUGGGAGGAAUUAAAUAACAGAUGUGACAAAGCAUUAGCUUAUAAUUCAGUUGAACAUUCCAUGAACAAUUUACGUAUUAUUAAUAAUUCAAGAGCACCAAACGAGGACUUGAAAGAAACUGAUGGUAAUUCAAAUUAUAAAAGUUGCGAAUUAUCAGAAUUGAAUCAAGGACAAUUUAUAGAAAAUGUCCAUAUAACUUUUAAUUUAGAAGCCGGACUUUUGCUACCUUUUGUAUUGAAAGGUCGUAUUAGGCAUGGUCGUCAUUUUACUUUUAAAGCAUUAACUGGUGAUGCAACUAUUACUUUUGUUGCUUCAGCUGUAUCUGGAUCUCUUGUCAGCGAAGAAAAACCAUUUGUAGCUCAAGGAUCUUGGUUGCAAGUGCUUGUGUCAAAUAGUUUCCUCGAUUCAAUGGAAUCUAGUUUAAAGUUCCUCAAUGAGCCAGUUAUGGAGCCUUUGCCAAAAACUGUCAACUGGCCUGACAGAAAUUUAACUAUAACAAUUAAUCCAGAUAAAUUGUAAAAUUAAAAAUUAUUUUCUUCAGUACUCUUAAUUCAUUGACCCUUUUGUUUUCUUUUUCUAAAUACCUUAUAACAGGGGUUUUCAACCAACGUCACGGCUCCACGGGUCUUCGCCAAUUAUUAUCAAAAAAGAUUCGUUCGCAGUAGAAAAUACAAAUUUGUUUAUUGUAUUAUGAUCAUUGUUUGUAUGGAAGCUGUUAAAAUUAUUUUCAAAAUCAGAAGAGCCGUGGAUCCAAAAAGAUUAAAAAUCCCUGCCUUAUAAUUUUAGUUCCUCUAAUACCUAUAUCUUUGUUUAAUCUUUAUUUAAUGUGUAUUAUUAUUAUUUUUAUUAUUAUUAUUAUUUAUUUUUUUUUUUUACAAUAAUUUUUAAUUUACAUUGUGAACCUUUCUUGCAGUAUUAAAAAAACAUAAAACUAGUGCUUCGUAAACAUAUCAUAUUGUUUUUAAUUGUAGUAUUAAUAAAUAAAAUUUCUUACUUGAAGGAUUAUAAACGACAUAAA